AGAAAAGUUCGAACGUUUCGAUACAACUUAUUUUGUGGCUUGAAUUGUUUUUAGUUUGUGUCAUCGGUUUUAAUAUUCACUUUACAUUUUAUAUGGAGUUGAUAGAAAAAACUUAACUAAAGUAAACCCAAGCAACCGUUGCACACACUCGGAAAAUAGGACUUGUCUGACAAACAUACAGUACAUAACAAUAUGGGAAUCGCCGAUGCAGACAAAGCCGCAACUGGAGAGACUUUGGAUGUGAAGGGACAAAAGGCACGCCAACGUGCAUUCUUGAAACGCCGCUCAUCGCAGUUUGGCAACGGGCACUUACAAAGCAGCUGGAAUAUGUGCACGGAUUUGCAGCGUCAGUGGUCGCGUCGCCGGCUGCGUCGCCUCUUGUCCACAGGCAGGCCGACAGUCAAGAUGCCAAAACAACCAUCGGAUCUGAAGCAGCGCAGCUGGUCGUUCUUCUGGUACACACUGUUGCCCAUGCUCUUAGUGUUGUGCCUCAGCUGCUGCAUUACGAUGUACCAGAAUGGUGAUGUCGUCUCCAGUUUCAUGCAGCGUUAUAUGAACCAAUAUCGAGCCAUAGUGAACAACAAGCUGAACUACUGUGAUCGCACAAUGCCAUUGCACGAGAUCUUUGAUACCAUUCGUGCCGAUGUGCUUGGUCAGGAGUCGGCACUUAACCAGCUGGAGCAGGCCAUGGGCAACCAGAGCUCAUUUCAGUCCAUUGCAUUGGUGGGCUCAUCUGGACUUGGCAAAAGUCUGACCAUGCGCCUGCUGUACGAUUUGUAUCCAUGGAAAGAGAACGUCCGCAGCAUUUUCUGGAACGACUUUGAGCUGAAUAGCGACAAGGCACGCUACAAAUCAGUGUCUUCCAUGCUGCGCAACUUGGCACAUUGCGGCCGCAAUCUGUUUAUCAUUGACAACUUGACACCGUGCGAUAAGGAUUAUGUUUCAUCCAUAAAUGCAUUGCUACUGUCUCGCUCUGACAUCGCCCUGGGCAGCAAUGACGUGGAUCUGAAACAGCUGACAAUCAUCUAUGUUUUCAAUCUCAAUCGUUUGCUCGACGAUGAGCUCUAUGACCGGCAGGUCGAAGUUCUGCAACAACUACCACAAACCACUGUAAUAAACUAUCGCAAUUUUGAUGUCCAGGAUCUGGAGAAGUGCGUGCGCCAUGAGGCAAAGGUUGUGGACAUGUACUUGGACGAGAAACACGUGCAGGAAAUGCUUAAUUCAACCGACUUCAGAGUUUCCGGCUGCAAAACUGUUCGUUCCAAAGUUCUCAUUUAUGCGCGUCCGGAUCCAAUUGAUAAGGAGGAACACAAUCAGGCGAAUGACACUCGAACCAAGACUAACUAAACCAAAGACAUGCAUAAUAUUGCUGAUAAGCAUUAGGCAAAUUAUAAUUUUUUUUUUCUUCAUCGGUAUUUAAGAUUUACUAACAAAAAGCAAGAUUUUACUUCUCGUGGGGGGAAGCGGACCGUUAAGAUCCUGUGAAAUUCAAUUCAUAGUAUGAUUUAACCAUUGAAGCAACACUAUUAAACGUUUAUGUAAUACUCUA